CGCUCUCUGUGUAAUGAACGUCUGUUGACAUAUAAAGCACCUGAUUAUCUGUGUGUAGCCUAAUACGCGUGUCGCUGAUUCAUUAUUAAAGUUUGGUUUAGAGUUACGGAGCCGGUUGCCAUGGCUACGUUACACAGCAACGCCACAGGCAAAAUGGGAGUUGUUUUGCCUUUUUAAUCCGCAUGUGCAUUUACUACCAUUCAAGGACAGGUAUGUCAAUUACAUCCCAAUUUCUCACUGACUCCAUGUAAACUCUUACAAACUUGUGAGUACUUCCAUGCAGGCUCUGAAGUUAAUCCAGAGAGGGGAUGGACGCGGAUUGGGAGCAUGUAUUGGAGUAUUAUUAUUAUUAUUAUAAUUUGAUAACCUGGUCAGUGUGAUUGCUGUGAUGUUCAAGAAAAUCAACGCGGUUUUCCGGCCGAACCGCGGCCCCAGCGCGCGGGAGGACUACCACAGCGCGUGCACGGUGAAGCUCGUGCGCAGCGCCUCCAUGCUCGCGGUGGGAGAGAGGAGUCGCGCGCAGAGGGACUCGACGCUGAAGCGAAGCGCGAGCGCGGUCAGUGUUCAGUCCAGCAGCGCGCUCUACUACUACCACAGCCGAGAGGAGCGCGUGUGGCUCUACUCCCAAAACCAGGAGUGUCUGGAGUAUCUGCAGGAGCUGGUCGCGCUCAGGCGACGCUACACCAAGAGCGUCAGCGACCUGAAGCAAGGCGAACGGCGAGAGCAAACCUCGAGCAAGAAGAAACCUGCACCCCAGCCUCCACAGCAUGUAAGUCCACAACCAUCAGCCCCACCAAUCCCCAGCGAAGAGGACACACUGCAGUUUUUUGAUGCUGUUAUCGCCAGCUGUGACUCAGAGCGCACCAGAAAACCACAUGUGGAUGAUGGCCAUGCAGACGUAGACUUUAUUGUGGCGACCAGUACGAGUCAGCAUGACCUCCAUUCUAACUGGGUGCUGCGAGACCCUCGGCGGAUAUCCACAGAUGAGUCUCGGCUGAAGCGAGCAGAGCUGGGGUCAGAUGAAGGUGCCUGGAAGAAGGCAGCAGGUGGGACCACGAGCAGUAUGAGACGGCUGCAGAGAAACCCCAUCCACCUCCCCAAAGUGGUGGAGAGUGCCUUGCAGACCAUGCGCUUCAAACCCAAGCUUAAGAAGAAAGAUUAGCACAUGGCAUUAACUGCACAUGACUGAUAAGGAUCCCAUCUGAUUCAUGAUGACGUACCUUUGUAAUGGAUAAGCCAUUCACAGAUUUCAGUUCUGUUUCAGACAAGUCGAAAUAGUUCUGUAGUGAACAGAACACAGGUAUGCUAACUCUGCAACGGCUUGUCAAGUGAUUCAUCUUAAGUCACUAACAGUUGGUCAAUAUAUGAAUCACAUGUAGUGACAUCCAUGACCUUCACCAGGAAGCAGACUAAAAAUGAAUGAAUGAAUAAAAUCAGUGGCACUAUCCAAACACAGGAAAAAAAAAAGAAUGUCCUGGCAAGGGAGGCUAGAAUAAUUAAGCAUGCAGGCAUCCCAUUUGAGGAACAGCCUUGGAUGGCGCCCAGAGCUGUUGAAAGUGAGCAGAGUUGGGUGUUGUGAAACAUGGAUGUGAGCGUGGUGAUGUAAUAUUGGGGUAGUGAAGCUCCCUCACUGACCAGCUUCAUCAAUAAUCCACAGCAGAUCAGAGUCUCUGUUUCAGGAGUUUUGAGCAGCAGCAGGGCAUGUCCAAGUGACUAUAGAUGGAAAAAAAAAAAAAAAAAAACUCUGUUCAAAGAGUCACCCAGCCCGAGUAAUAAGACUCUCUCCUACUGAGCAAACCUCAAUUAGAGAUUUGUCUAUGGAAGAUCAGAUUAAAUCACUCAGCUGCUAAGGCACUGUGGUGUGCUGUGCAUAACACAAUCCUUCAGGCCAUUUCUAAAUUGCUUUGUGGCUGGAUAUGAAACCUGAAUAUCUAGCCUACUCAUAACCUCCUUUGAUUGUACAAACCUGCGUUAGCCUGGACCCUUAACAGGUUAAAAGAGGCAUUUGGAAAACAAAUUUAUUAAAUUACAAAAUACAGUGUAAAUGAUCAGGUGACUAACAGCAGCCUAUUAAAAUGAAAUAUGCUUCAGGUUUUAAAAAUGCCUUUGUUAUGGCAUUAGGGCUGUUUUUGUAAUUACAGAAUAAGCCUCAUCUGCUAAAAACAUGUUUAAAUGUAUAGCUCUUCUUUACCCUACUUAAUUUGCAUCCAAAAAUUUUUCCAUUUUAUUUAGAAAUAUAAUUUUCUAAAAUUGGUUUCCUGGUGAGAGAUAAACUCAUGUUUUUUGUUCUUAAAUAAACGUCACUAUGAGGAACAUGCACUUUCAUUUUCUCAGGAAAGAGGAAACAAAACAAACAGGUUUUCUAUUUUGCAAAGCCAGACCAUGAAACCUUCAUAAUAAGAUGCAUGUGGCAGGCCAUUUAACACACAAGUAAUGAAUUAAUAAUUCAGUUAGUAGUACUGCAGUGUUAAAUGAAGGCUUUGGUGUCCGUUAUUGAUGGGGUCUAUAUAAAUUGCUAUCCAUAAGCACUAAAACAGUAAAGACCAAGUUUUUUAUUUUAUUUUUUUGUUGUUUUUUCAUAUAAUAUACCACACACAGCAACCAUUAGUAGUUUAUUUAAAAAAAUUUUUUUAUCAUCUUUACGCAUCAUAAAUGUCAUCUUAUACCUUCACACCUUUUCUGUGAGGUUUGUUUAUGUACCUGGAACCAUUUCACUAAACCAUAGUUGGACCAGUUUUCCCCAAUUUUCACAUUCCUAUCAUCUGUAACCAUGUCCUGAACAAAUUCAAUAAAGAAAUUUGAGUACACAAUACUAAAAUGACUUUGUAGAAAUAAUACUCAUGGAAAACAUAAUGGUGACAUGCUAUAGUGCUGAAGUAUUAAUUACUUACACUGAAAACAGCAAGUGGAGCUCAGAAAUUAAAAAAAAGGGAAUAAAUGGGUUUGUUAAAAAACUGAGAAAAGAAAAUUAAUGACAAAGGCCUUGUCAUGAGAUAAUGGAUACUUGAAAUAUACACUAAUAGGGAUAUAAUGAAUGAAAAACUGCAUGUUUUUUUU